AUGGGAGUCAUCUUUGUGUUUGCACUGCUGCCGUCCAGAUACACACCUCAGGCUGCCGGGUCCCGUCAGCCCGUGUCCGUGCAAAUCCUCGUUCUCGGGGACAUUGGCAGAAGUCCGCGCAUGCAGUAUCAUGCCAUCAGCGUCGCAAAGCACGGCGGCCACGUCGACCUCAUCGGCUAUAAUGAAUCGUCGCUGCAUCCUGACUUGAGCAACAGCGCCAACGUAAGGGUGCGUGCGCUGGCCCCUCCACCAGCUGCACUGAGAACAAAAUCCCUUCCUUUCCUCGUGACCGGGCCUCUCAAAGUGCUAUGGCAGGUCGGCACUUUGAUCUGGAUGCUUGCGUACCAGGCACCAGCGGCAAAAUGGCUCCUCGUUCAGAACCCGCCGUCUAUUCCGACCUUGGCCAUUGCGAUGCUCGUGUCUAUCCUACGCAACACGCAGCUCGUAAUUGAUUGGCACAACUAUGGCUGGACUAUUCUGGCUGGCACAAAGGGGCCGAAUCACCCCUUUGUCGAGAUUUCCAAGGUGUAUGAAUGCGUCAUGGGCCAGGUCGCACCGACGGUCAACAUCACUGUGACCGCGGCCAUGGCUGCCCAGCUCAAGGAGGAGCCGUAUAAGGUCACGGCUCCGAUCGUCACCCUCCAUGAUCGGCCAGCCGCCAUAUUCAAGCCUGUGAAAGCACCGUCGGAACGACGGGCGUUCCUGGAGCGUCUGCCGGAGACAAAGGACGUCGCUGCCAGCAUUAUGUCUGGCCACAUGAAGCUGCUUGUCAGCAGUACUUCAUGGACUCCUGACGAAGACUUCUCGCUCUUUCUCGACGCCUUGGUCCGCUACGCAGAGAUGGAGGCCGAGCACCCAAUCCUGGCCAUCAUCACCGGCCGCGGGCCACAGAAAGCACACUACGAGGAGCAGAUCAAGCUCCUCCAGACACAGGGAAAGCUGCCGAAUAUCCAAAUAUUGACUGCGUGGCUGUCGAUGGAAGACUAUGCCGCCCUGCUGAGCUGCGCGGACCUCGGCAUAUGUCUGCACAUGUCGAGCUCAGGUGUAGACUUGCCGAUGAAAGUGGUGGACAUGUUUGGAGCCGGCCUGCCCGUAGCAGCGUAUUCCAAGUACGCCAGCUUUGGGGAGUUGGUGAAGGAGAACGAGAAUGGGUGUGGUUUCGAGACGAGCUCCGAGCUCGCUGCCAUCCUCGUGCGGUUGUGCAGCAGUAGUGGUGCAGACGAGCUGCGCCGCUUGCGGAUCGGUGCGGAGAAAGAGGGCAGUCUCCGCUGGGACGAGGAGUGGGAUCGUGUUUUGGCACCGCUAUUUGGGUUGUCGUCCUGA